CUAUUAUGUCCCUUGUGCUUACCGUAGUAAUGUUGCCAGGGCAACAGGGAAUGGGAACGAGGAAGACGCGUAAUCUUUGGCUGGCCAUCUUGUCUGGAGAAGAUUAGUAAUAGUGAUUCAGCUACCUGUUGUUCUAAUAUCAUGGCUUCAAUGUUGGAUGUUCUUUGGGAGGAUAGAGAUGUUAGAUUCGAUAUAACCGCACAGCAAAUGAAAACGCGACCUGGCGAGGUCUUGAUAGACUGCCUUGAUUCCAUUGAAGACACCAAAGGAAACAAUGGGGAUCGAGGGAGGCUUCUGGUAACAAAUCUGAGGAUCAUCUGGCAUUCUUUGGCUCUGCCAAGAGUCAAUUUGUCUGUUGGAUACAAUUCCAUUAUUAACAUCACAACAAGGACAGCUAACUCUAAAUUGAGAGGCCAGACUGAAGCACUGUAUAUCUUGACAAAGUCUAACAAUACAAGAUUUGAGUUCAUUUUCACCAAUGUGGUUCCAGGGAGUCCAAGACUAUUUACAUCUGUCAUUGCUGUUCACAGGGCUUAUGAGACCUCUAAAAUGUACCGUGACCUGAAGCUGAGAGGAGCUCUUAUUCAAAAUAAACAACUGAGGCUUUUGCCUCGAGAGGAAGUGUAUGACAAAAUCAACGGGGUGUGGAAUUUAUCCAGUGACCAGGGUAAUCUAGGGACCUUUUUCAUCACUAAUGUUCGGAUCGUGUGGCAUGCCAAUAUGAACGAGAGCUUCAACGUCAGCAUUCCCUAUCUUCAAAUUUGUUCCAUCAGAGUAAGAGACUCAAAGUUUGGUCUGGCUUUGGUGAUAGAAAGCUUUCAUCAGACUGGAGGAUAUGUGCUUGGAUUUAAGAUCGACCCAAUGGAUAAGCUUCAAGAUGCAGUUAAAGAGAUCAACUCGCUGCACAAAGUCUACUCUGCCAACCCCAUCUUUGGAGUGGACUAUGAGAUGGAGGAAAAGCCUCAGCCACUGGAGGAGCUGACAGUGGACCAGCCCCCUGAUGAUGUGGAAAUUGAGCCCGAUGAGCAGACUGAUGCUUUCACUGCAUACUUUGCUGAUGGCAAUAAGCAACAAGACCGGGAACCUAUGUUUUCUGAGGAGCUGGGAAUUGCAGUUGAAAAGUUGAAGGAGGGGUUCACACUUCAAGGACUCUGGGAAGUCAUGGGCUGAAGCAUGAUCACUGAUAGGCGAGUUAGAUGAACCUAGGUCCUGAAAUCCUCCCUUUCAAAUGGCACAAUUGACACACUACUGUUUUUUAGAACCAUUUGUAAAUGUACAACGUAUUUUGUCUAUUGAUAGGUCUUGAUGUAUAUAAUAAAGAUGUAGACCUGGUCCGUGUAUGAGUGACGUGAAUUUUAAGAAUGAUUUGUAAAUAAAAACAAUUCUAUAUAACAGUGUAGUUUUGGUGUUAAUGUUUAUAUGUACAAUUUAAAUAGAUAUUGCAAAUGUUAAUCAUUGAAUUUUGAAUUGUAUUUUUUAGAUUGAAGAAAUAAAGUAUUUCAGUAUAUAAUA